ACAGCUGCUUCUGCUGCAUCCAACAACGUGCAACAACCAUCAUAGCAACACUCACACCAUCACGAGCGUGAACCUGUGAUAUUUGGCCGUGGUCAUAAUAACACCAUAAACCACACACGCUCAGCAGGCGCCGGACGGAGCAGCGAAGCAAAUCGCGACGAGUCGAGUCGCGGAAUAUCUAAAUAAAUCCCGAGUGUGUGUCCAUCGUGAGCAUUGCAUUUUACAUAUAUAUUGUUUUUUUUCCUGUGCCGUGCUGCCGUCGUUUUCGGCCGUCGCGCCGAGCAUUCGCGCGUGUCUCCAAAUUGUGGCCCCGCGGGAGAGUGAGUGAGAGAAUCGCAGUGAGAGACCGUGAGUGAAACCAAGCGAGAAACAGAUCCGAACCCGCUCGCCGUUUGCACCGCGCGACAUUUACGUGCCAUCUGCACCGAGAGAAGAAGAAAAAGCACGCACACAGAAAAGGCAGAACACAUGGCAACACUCGGUAGCGGCGGUAGCAGUGCGGCGGCCCUCGGGGCAGCGGCAGCGGCCGCAACGACGGUGGCGACGGCGGCCCCCUCGUCGUCGGCCUCGUCCGCGAGCCUGGCCCCACCGCCACAGCCCACGACGCCGUGGCCCAACAGCCGCGACGAUUACGAGCUGAACGACGUGAUCGGGGUCGGAGCGACGGCCGUCGUCCACAAUGCGUACUGCUUGCCGCGCAAGGAGAAGUGCGCCAUCAAGCGCAUCAAUCUGGAGAAGUGGAACACCUCGAUGGACGAGCUGCUGAAGGAGAUCCAGGCGAUGAGCAGCUGCAACCACGAGAACGUCGUGACCUACCACACGAGCUUCGUGGUGAAGGAGGAACUCUGGCUGAUCCUGCGGCUGCUCGAGGGCGGCAGCCUGCUCGACAUCAUCAAGCACCGGAUGCGGACGGUCAACUGCCGGCACGGCGUGUUCGACGAGUCGACGAUCGCGACCGUCCUGAAGGAGGUGCUCAAGGGGCUGGAGUACUUCCACAGCAACGGGCAGAUCCACCGGGACAUCAAGGCAGGUAACAUCCUGCUCGGGGACGAUGGCACGGUGCAGAUCGCCGACUUUGGGGUCAGCGCGUGGCUGGCGACCGGUGGCGAUUUGUCGCGCCAGAAGGUGCGCCACACGUUCGUCGGCACACCCUGCUGGAUGGCUCCGGAGGUGAUGGAACAGGAUCAUGGGUACGAUUUCAAGGCGGACAUCUGGUCGUUCGGUAUAACGGCAAUCGAGAUGGCCACGGGGACGGCUCCGUACCACAAGUACCCACCGAUGAAGGUGCUAAUGUUGACGCUGCAGAACGAUCCACCAACGAUCGACACCGGGGCGGACGAGAAGGAUCAGUACAAGGCGUACGGUAAGACGUUCCGCAAGCUGAUUGGCGAGUGCCUGCAGAAGGAACCGUCGAAACGGCCGACGGCCAGCGAGCUGCUGAAGCAUCCGUUCUUCAAGAAGGCGAAAGAUCGCAAGUACCUCACGCAAACGCUGCUCGCGACGGGCCCCUCGAUGGAGACACGCGUGCACAAGGCGGCCAAACGGCAGGCGGGUGCGUCCGGUCGGCUGCAUCGCUCGAUGACGGGCGAGUGGGUGUGGUCGUCGGAGGAGGAGGACAACGUGAAGAACAACUCGUCCGACUCGGAAACGGAAGAGCGGCCCAUGAACCGGCUCGAGCGGAUGGACUCGUCGUCGUCCGAAACGGAAGACACCUCGGAGCGGUCCGGCACGACGAUGACGGGUGGAUCGGAUCAGAAAACGAUGGAGGCGAGUGCGGCCGUCCCCACCGGUGGCACCCUGAUCGGUGGCGACUCGUCGGUACCGGUCAAUCUGGUGUUGCGGAUGCGAAACGCGAACCGCGAGCUGAACGACAUCCAGUUCGAGUUCGUCGUUGGCAAGGACUCGGCCGAAGACAUUGCCGCCGAGCUGGUCGGGGCCGGGUUGCUGGACGAGCUCGACGUGGCCAUCAUGUCGGCGAACCUGCAGAAGCUGAUCGACAGCCGGGCCACGCUGCGCACCGUCACGUUUCAGCUGCAGUCCGGCUGUGCACCGGGCGAACAGCUGGAAGAGAAGUCGCUCGUCGGGUACGCGCAAAUCUCGAUCAAAUGAUGCUGAGGCGGCCACCCGAGCCACAGCCACCCGAGGUGCACCGGCCACUUAAAAGCUUCCGCUUCCUUGCGUUUCCUGUUGCCUGCAUCAAAUUCCUAGAUUUCUGUCCUCCCGACCCGCCUGACCCGCGCGUCAUGCCGUCGUUGGAAGGCGUAGGAUAAGAAAAUAGACUAGAAAAGAACUAGAGCGCCCGAAUUAGAGUUUAGUAGUGUUAUGGAACAACCGAAAAUCGAGAGAGAGAUCAAAAUAGAGAGAGAGCGAGAGAGAACGAACGGAACCAAACCUGCGAACCACAGCCUGCCUAGCGCACCUCAAUUGCCUACAUAGUCAGCGAGAACAAGAGCGAGACAGAGAGAGCGAGAGAGAGAGAUCUUGGGUACGUAGCCCCGUAGAGUAGACGAUCGUUUAUUGAAAGUGGCAACCCACAAACGAAAAGAAUAUCUAAGCAAAUUCUAUAACAUAAAAAAGAACUAAGUAAAACUUUUAUCGCGAGCGUGACGUUGAAGCGCGUAACGAAGAGGCCGAUCGGACCACCGCAGACUGUCGAAGAUUGGCAACGAUCGAUGCGGAUCGAAGAAUAGGGAAGAAUGCGAGCGAGGUAUCCUCCACUUAACAUCACGCUGGUAGGAUACGUCAUCUUCCGGCCCACUAGAUCGAAAGCGCGAAACCGUCGCGUAUCAGUUGCCAAGGUUGCGCACCGGCUCCUGGGAUAUGGCGGGGGGUAUAAUCUGUGUGUACAUAUUUAAUCGUUGAAUGUCUUAAUUUGUUGUUAGCCGUUUGUUUUCCCAUGAUCAAUAAAUUGCACACACACACACAAGAGAUAAAGAGUCAGCCAGAAGCGUCCAUGGGGUCGCGUAGUAUCUACGAAUGAUAACAUUUUACUCGAAAAGCGUCGAAACGAAAGCGAAAGGCGAAGAAGUGCGCUGAGCCAAGUGGCGAAUCGGUUGCGCCAUCUGUUUGCGCAGCAUUUUAAAAUCGCCGCGACGGCAGAGGCUCUCGGCGGAAGUUGAAGGUAAUGUCGAAAUAACAAUACCCCCCACGCAGGCACGCAAAAACGACAACCCGGAACGCCGCCUGUGAAAUGCCACCGGAGGCCACCGACGUCCCUCAUGCUGGGCGUGCGUUCACGAGUGUUGUAUUUUCUAUUUAAUUUCCCACUCAUUUUUUGUCGGUACUUUAAAGCGAACGAAAAACCAGUAGUAAAAUUAAGCUUUAAAAGCGAAGUUUACAAUUACAGUUAAAAGGCUAUGUCCCACUCACUAUACUAGCGCCACCACCAGGUUGCAGAUGCAGUACCGUUUCGUUUUAUUUUGUAUUCCGUUCCGUUGCAGCGUGGUUGGGUUGCCGCGUAAAACACACACCACGUGUACGUGAGUUUAGUUUUGACUGACAAAAAAAACGUUUCAAAUGUUUAGUAGUGCGUUCUGUGGAGCAAGGCAAAUUGAGAACAUUAAAUACAUA